AUGGGUGACAGGGGACCAGACAAUCACUCAGAAGUGACUGACUUCAUCCUUGUAGGCUUCAGGGUCUGCCCUGAGCUCCACACUCUCCUCUUCCUGGUCUUUCUGCUUGUGUAUGCCAUGAUCCUCCUAGGGAAUGUUGGGAUGAUGACCAUUAUUAUGACCGAUCCCCGGCUGAACACACCGAUGUAUUUCUUCCUAGGCAACCUGUCCUUCAUUGAUCUCUUCUAUUCGUCUGUUAUUGCAUCCAAGGCCAUGAUCAACUUCUGGUCUGAGAGCAAGUCCAUCUCUUUUGCAGGCUGUGUGACCCAGCUCUUUCUCUUUACCCUCUUCAUUGUGGCAGAGGGAUUUCUCCUGGCAGCCAUGGCCUAUGACCGCUUCAUUGCCAUCUGCAACCCACUCCUCUACUCUGUCCAGAUGUCAGCACGUCUCUGCAUGCAGUUGGUGGCCAGUUCCUAUUUAUGUGGCUGCAUCAGCUCGGUUCUUCAGACAAGCAUAACAUUUACUCUGUCCUUUUGUGGUUCUCGGGCCAUAGACCACUUUUACUGUGACACUCGCCCACUUCAGAGGAUAUCUUGUUCUGACCUCUUCAUCUCUAGAAUCAUUUCCUUUUCCUUAUCCAGCAUCAUCAUCUUGCCUACCAUCAUAGUUAUUAUUAUUUCUUACUUGUAUAUUGUGUCCACAGUUCUCAAGAUACGCGAAUCUCUCCUCUGA